AUGACUCCGCGCCAACCAAUCACCGAAGGUCCAGGAAGGUGGAAGAUCAAGCGAUGGUACAUCUAUCUGAGACUCGAUGUAGAUGCCAGAUUUACUGGAGAGCAGCUGGAACAAGCAUUCUCUGGUGCUGAAGAAUUGGAGAUAGAAUACUUUCAGCCAGCAUAUGGAUACGGCGACAGUAGCACUCUGAAGCUGUUCGAAGGCAUCAGAGGCGUGGGUCUCGCGAAGGUCGUUGGUGGCAGCGGCUGUGAUCCUGAGUACGCCAGAGCACUCGAAGGAUUGCUUAUGAGUNCGCUAGACGUGGUGGUUCAAUCCUGA